GGGAGGGGAGGGCGGUCAGGGUUCCAGGAGCCGCCCCUCCCUGCCGCUCGCCGCGCAGUAGGCGCUGCGGGCUGGAACCGCGGCCCGCGGCUGCCUGUCGGGGCCGGGUCUGGCCGAGCCUCGCGUCCCCGUGCAGUGCGCCGGGUCUCUGGGAGAUGGCUUCUCCGCUCUCGCCGGCUAUUGUCUCUCCCGGGGUUGCCUGACUCCGCGGGCCCGCGCACGCUCUCGGCCGAGAGGGCUUCCCCGCCAGCGAGCUGGUGCUCGCGCCCUCUCCUGCCUCUCCGCUGGCCCGGGGACCGGGGGGCCGGCGCCCGCCGCGUGCAGCGGGGAGAGGGGAGCGGCCCGGGGGGAGGCGGUGCGCGGCCGGCUCGCGCGGGUGCCGGAGCCGCCCGGAGCCGCGGAGCCAGCAGCCCAGGUCGCCGAGCCCACGACACAUCGGGUCUUGCAGGAAACCCGCAGUGAGCACAGACUCUGAUGGGUUGGCCCCACCCAGCUGGUGAGUCCUUGAGGAGUCUGGACCGGAGCCGUGAGGUGGAGCAGCACUGCCUCUCAUCUCUCCCCCCAGUUGAGUCCUCCAGGCAGAGCAGGACCUUGUUGGCUAGAAGCUUGAUCAUGUUUAUGUGCUGAAGAGAGAGACCCAGUUAAGGAGAAGAGAUGAAGAUACAGUAGAGGGAUGGGAAGGAAGUUCGAGGAGCUUCAUCCCAGAGGAGACCCAGUGGGUGGGGCAAGCGCCCAGGAGGCUUAUCCCUCAGCGGGAGGCGGGGACCUGCUUGCCCUGAGACCGAAAGGUGAAAGUGAGGCCAAAUGCAAGUGUGGGUGCCCGGACACCAUGCCACAACCCUGCAGACCUGACAUUGCCAGCAAGUAGAAGACUUUCUUGUCUCCUCUGUCCCCCAUCCUCACCAUGUCUUCAACUCAGGGCAACGGGGAACACUGGAAGUCCUUGGAGUCGGUGGGCAUCAGCCGCAAAGAGCUGGCCAUGGCCGAAGCCCUGCAGAUGGAGUAUGAUGCUCUGUCCCGGCUUCGGCAUGACAAGGAGGAAAGCAGAGUCAAGCAGAACGCAGACCCCUCUCUCAUCAGCUGGGAUGAGCCUGUCCUAGACUUCUACAGCAAGCCAGCAGGAAGGCGGAAGGACCUCAAGCUCUUACGCGGUCUUUCUGGCUCUGAUCCUACCCUCAAUUACAACUCGCUCUCCCCACAGGAAGGGCUGCCCAACCACUCUACCUCCCAGGGCUCCCCGCGUGGUCCAGAUCCCUGGCCCAAAGGCUCCCUGGCUGGAGACUAUCUCUACAUUUUUGGUGGUUCAGAUGUGGGGCUCUCUUUGUCCCCAGGGCUGGGGGACACAGACGACUCUUCUAAGAAACUGUCCCCACCUCCUUUGCCUCCCCGAGUGUCUAUCUGGGACACUCCUCCCCUGCCUCCCAGAAAGGGGUCCCCCUCCUCCUCCAAGAUCUCCCAGCCCAAUGACAUCAACACUUUUUCUUUGGUCGAACAACCUCCAGGUAAAUUGCUGGGGCAUCGGAUCCUAGAAGAGGGAGAGGAGCCGGGAGGCGGGGGUCCAGGGCGUCUCCUGGGGUCCAUGGACUACGAUGGUAUCAAUGAUGCUAUUACGCGGCUCAACUUGAAGUCAACCUAUGAUGCAGAGAUCCUGCGGGACGCCACCAGGGGCUGGAAGGAGGGCUGGGGGCCCCUGGACUUUGGCAAGGACACUCCUGGAAAACCCGUGGCCCGGAGCAAGACCAUGCCUCCUCAGGUGCCCCCCCGCACCUAUACCUCCUGCUACGCCAAUCGGAAAAAUUCGACAGCUGGCAAGAACCGCCGGAUUUCUGCAGCUCCGCCUGGUGCAGGGGCUCAUCCCUCCGGGAGGGGGGGCCCUUUGGGCCCUCGGCCGGUACCACCGCCCCGCCUUCGCCGGGCCUCCAGCCGGAAGGAUCCUCCUUAUCCCAGGCCUGCGGAGCCAGCUGAGGAAAUGGUUGGCUCCAGAUGCCAGCCUGGUACCCCUGCUGCCAGCCUCUGCCCCGCAGACUCCCCCAGCCAGCGUCGGGCGAUGCCACCAGGGCCUGCCAGCAGGGCACACGUGGGCUCCCGGCCCCACGCCGUCUCCAAUGGCCAUGAGUUGUUUGAGGUCUCAGAGGAGAGAGAUGAGGAAGUUGCUGCAUUUUGCCACAUGCUGGAUAUCCUCCGAUCUGGCUCUGGCGUCCAAAACUACUCCCUCACCGGGUAUGUCUGGAGCGCUGUCACUCCAAGCCCCGAGCACCUCGGGGAUGAGGUUAACCUGAAGGUUACCGUGUUGUGUGACAGCCUGCGGGAGCCACUCACUUUUACCUGCAACUGUUCUUCCACUGUAGACUUGCUUAUCUACCAGACCCUGUGCUACACCCAUGAUGAACUGCGGGAUGUGGAUGUGGGUGACUUCGUGCUGAAACCCUGUGGGCUGGAGGAGUUCCUGCAGAACAAGCACGCCCUGGGCAGCCACGAGUAUAUUCAAUACUGUCGAAAGUUUGACAUCGACAUUCGGCUACAGCUGAUGGAGCAGAAAGCUGUACGCAGUGACCUGGCCCGGACGGUGAAUGAUGACCAGAGCCCCUCCACCCUGAACUACCUCGUCCACCUGCAGGAGAGGCCAGUCAAGCAGACCAUCAGCAGGCAGGCCCUGAGUCUUCUGUUCGACACUUACCACAAUGAGGUGGAUGCCUUCCUGUUGGCUGAUGCGGACUUUCCAUUGAAGGCCGAAAGGGUGGUCCAGUCCGUCAAGGCCAUCUGCAACGCCCUAGCUGCUGUGGAAACCCCCGAGAUCACCAACGCUCUCAACCAGCUGCCCCCCUGCCCUUCCCGAAUGAAACCUAAAAUUCCGAAGGAUCCCACCGUCUUGGCUGUGCUGGAAAACCGAGAGAAGGUUGUGGAAGCCCUGACAGCUGCCAUCUUGGACCUGGUGGAGCUGUACUGCAACACAUUCAAUGCAGACUUCCAGACGGCAGUGCAUGGGAGCCACAAGCAUGAUCUGGUCCAGGAGGCCUGCCAUUUUUCUGGGCCCCUGGCCUUUACAGUCUAUGCCACACACCGCAUCCCCAUCAUCUGGGCUACCAGCUAUGAAGAGUUCUACCUCUCCUGCUCCCUCAGCCAUGGCGGCAAGGAGCUGUGCAGCCCCCUGCAGACCCGAAGGGUUCACCUCUCCAAGUACCUCUUCCACCUCAUCAUCUGGGACCAGCAGAUCUGCUUCCCGGUGCAGGUGAACCGAUUGCCUCGGGAGACCCUGCUGUGUGCCACUCUCUAUGCUGUGCCCAUCCCCCCACCCGGGAGCUCCUCGGAGGCCAAUAAGCAGCGGCGGGUGCCCGAAGCCCUGGGCUGGGUCACUGCUCCACUCUUCAACUUCAGGCAAGUCCUGACCUGUGGCCGGAAGCUUCUGGGCUUAUGGCCAGCAACGCAGGAAAGCCCCAGUGCCCGUUGGAGUGCACCUAAUUUCCAUCAGCCAGAUAGCGUCAUCUUGCAGGUUGACUUUCCCACCUCGGCCUUUGACAUCAAGUUUACCAGCCCUGCUGGAGACAAGUUCAGCCCCCGCUAUGAGUUUGGCAGCCUCCUGGAGGGAGACCAACACGUGCUUAAAAACAUCAUGCAGAAGGAGUCCCUGUACUGGCUCACUGAUGCUGACAAAAAGCGCCUGUGGGAGAAGCGCUAUUAUUGCCACUCGGAGGUGAGCUCACUCCCCCUGGUGCUCGCGAGUGCCCCCAGCUGGGAGUGGGCUUGCCUGCCCGACGUCUAUGCUCUCCUGAAGCAGUGGACCCACAUGAACCACCAGGAUGCCCUGGGGCUCCUGCAUGCCACGUUCCCAGACCAGGAGGUGCGUCGUAUGGCUGUCCAGUGGAUCGGCUCCCUCUCCGAUGCCGAGCUGCUCGAUUACCUGCCCCAGCUCGUGCAGGCCUUAAAGUAUGAGUGCUACCUGGACAGCCCCUUGGUGCGCUUCCUCCUGAAACGAGCUGUCUCCGACUUGAGAGUGACUCACUAUUUCUUCUGGUUGCUGAAAGACAGCCUCAAGGACUCUCAGUUCAGCAUCCGCUACCAGUAUCUGCUGGCGGCCUUGUUGUGUUGCUGUGGCAAGGGGCUGAGAGAGGAGUUUAACCGCCAGUGCUGGCUUGUCAAUACCUUGGCUAAGCUGGCCCAGCAGGUCCGGGAGGCUGCUCCGUCUGCAAGGCAGGGGAUUCUCCGCGUGGGCCUGGAGGAGGUGGGGCAGUUUUUUGCCCUCAACGGCUCCUGCCGCCUGCCUCUUAGCCCCAGCCUGCUCGUUAAGGGCAUCGUGCCCAGGGACUGUUCCUACUUCAACUCCAAUGCGGUCCCCCUCAAGCUCUCCUUCCAAAAUGUGGAUCCACUGGGUGAGACCAUCCGUGUCAUCUUCAAGUGCGGGGACGACCUUCGCCAGGACAUGCUGACCCUGCAGAUGAUUCGCAUCAUGAGCAAGAUCUGGGUCCAGGAGGGGCUGGACAUGCGCAUGGUCAUCUUCCGCUGCUUCUCCACUGGCCGGGGGAGAGGGAUGGUCGAGGUGAUCCCCAACUCCGAGACCCUGCGCAAGAUCCAGGUGGAGCACGGGGUGACCGGCUCCUUCAAGGACCGGCCCCUCGCUGACUGGCUGCAGAAGCACAACCCUGGGGAGGACGAAUACGAGAAGGCUGUAGAGAACUUCAUCUAUUCCUGUGCUGGCUGCUGUGUGGCCACAUACGUCUUGGGCAUCUGUGACCGACAUAAUGACAACAUCAUGCUGAAGACGACUGGCCACAUGUUCCACAUAGAUUUUGGCCGCUUCCUGGGCCACGCCCAGAUGUUCGGCAACAUCAAACGGGACCGUGCCCCCUUUGUCUUCACCUCGGACAUGGCGUAUGUCAUCAACGGGGGUGACAAGCCUUCCAGCCGCUUCCAUGAUUUUGUUGACCUUUGCUGCCAAGCCUACAACCUCAUUCGCAAGCACACCCACCUCUUCCUCAACCUUCUGGGCCUGAUGUUGUCCUGUGGAAUCCCUGAGCUCUCAGACCUGGAAGACCUCAAGUACGUGUAUGAUGCUCUGAGGCCUCAGGACACAGAGGCCAAUGCCACUACCUACUUCACCAGGUUGAUUGAGUCCAGCCUCGGCAGUGUAGCCACAAAGCUUAAUUUUUUCAUUCAUAACCUGGCUCAGAUGAAGUUCACAGCCUCAGACGACCGGCUGACCCUUUCCUUUGCUCCCCGAACACACACUCUCAAGAGCUCUGGCCGCAUCAGCGAUGUGUUUCUCUGCCGCCAUGAGAAGAUCUUCCACCCCAGCAAGGGCUAUAUUUAUGUGGUAAAGGUGAUGCGAGAGAAUGCUCACGAGGCCACUUACAUCCAGCGGACGUUUGAGGAGUUCCAGGAGUUACACAAUAAGCUGCGGCUGCUCUUCCCUUCUUCCCUCUUGCCCAGCUUCCCCAGUCGCUUCGUGAUUGGCCGCUCUCGGGGAGAGGCGGUGGCGGAGCGGCGGAGGGAGGAGUUAAAUGGCUACAUCUGGCACUUGAUGAACACAGCCCCUGAGGUGGCCGAGUGUGAUUUAGUGUACACCUUCUUCCACCCACUGCCCCGGGAUGAGAAGGCUGCGGGCACCAGCCUGGCUCCCAAGUCCUCAGACACAUGGGCCCGGCCAGUCGGGAAGGUUGGGGGAGAGGUGAAGCUGUCCAUCUCCUACAAAAACAAUAAACUCUUCAUUAUGGUGAUGCAUAUUCGGGGCUUGCAACUGCUCCAGGAUGGGAAUGAUCCCGACCCCUAUGUGAAGAUUUACCUCCUUCCUGACCCUCAGAAAACCACUAAGAAGAAAACCAAAGUGGCCCGGAAAACCUGCAACCCCACCUACAAUGAGAUGCUGGUGUAUGAUGGAAUCCCCAAGGGAGACCUGCAGCAGCGGGAGCUGCAGCUGAGCGUGCUGAGUGAGCAAGGAUUCUGGGAGAAUGUUCUCCUCGGGGAGGUGCACAUCCGCCUGCGAGAGCUGGACCUGGCCCAGGAGAAGACCGGCUGGUUUGCACUGGGAUCUCGAAGUCAUGAGACCUUAUGAGCCCAGCAGAGCCCUGGCCCAGGACCCCAGGCUCAUGGCAGAGCCGGGGGGGGAGAGGACUCUCCCUGCUCGACUCGUCCCUUCCUUGUGUAGGGGCAGGGCCCUUGGCGGGCCUCCCCGCUGUCCCGGCGGAUCGGGCCUCCGUGGUCGGAGGCAAGGAGAGUAAAGGUGCUCUCUGCUGUCCCCUCCUCUGCAGACUGCAUCUGGGUUGGUUGUGAUGCGCAGCCCCUUGGAGGCUGUGAGGUUGCAGCGAAGUUUUAAGUUUACCUUGUGUCAAGGGAGCAAUGCCUGGUUUGAGGUGUGUGGGGUGGGCUGUACAAGUAGCAUUUGGGGUGGGGGGGGGCAGGGUGGGUGUUUAUUUUUAUUUUUAAAAAAUGAAAUAGUAACGUUGUCCUACCUGGACAGGAAGCCUUGUGAGAAGGGACUUACAUGUGCCUCAGAAGGCAAAAGAGGAAGACUAUUUGAACUUUUUGUAUGAUUAAGGUUCUUAUUGGACUUUUCCCUAAAUUUUUGUGUGUUGUUUUUGUGUUUCUGUCUAUAGGAAUUAUGUGGGAAGGGGCCCGGUGGGCCCUCGGUUAGCGCCCUCCGUCUCUCUGAGGCAGGUCGGGAGGGAUGGGGGGGCUGUAUGUGCUGGACCGAGGCCUGUGCCACUGGGCCUUUCUGAUUUUGCCUCCAAAGGAGAGCAAUGUGAUACCUACGUGUGUAAGGAAGGGCCUUCCAUAAGGGGUUCUGCAGAGGACCUGUGUUCAGGGACCCAGGCUCUUUGAGGGGAGUUCCUCCUCUCGUCUUCCCCUACUUUGCUAGGACUUGCCCUGAAUACUGUCUUCUCCCCCUCCAUUCAGCUCUCUGGGGACCAUCUGGUCCCUGUGAAUACGCUGGGGUGCUCCCCCAUAGGACUCUCCCUUCAUUUCUCUCUGGUGGGGUAAGCUGCUGCUUUGGCCCUUAGGUUUGGUUCCAUCCUGGGGCGUCUUGGCCCUAGGGCGGGGCCUCGAGGCUGCAGGUGCCGGCGCGGCUGCCUGCUGGCUGGCUCCUGGGAAGCUUUCCUCAUCGCCCGCCACUCCUUUCCUUUUGCUGCUUCUCUCCCAAACUCCGUUUCUGUCACUUUUUUUAAAAAAUAAGGAUUUCUCUCCUUCUAUGGGGCCAUAAACCUACUUAGUCUGGAGCCAAAGGGAUACCCUAACUGAACAAAAGGGGUGCAGGUGGGGGGUCCCGUCAAAACUGCUGUUUUUUUCCAGUGAUUUUCUUUAGGAGGCUGGACUGAGCUGAGCUGGAAGGGAGAGGCUGGGUCUCUGAUCUCUUCUUACUCUUCAUUCCCUACCGAAUGGAUUUGAAAUUCACUCAUGCGCUUUACUCCAAAGGGUUGUCUUCCUUGAAAAAAGAGGGAGAGACUUUGAAUUUGAUAGUAACUUUUUAAAUUGGCUGGCUGUGCCUGGUGACUGGGGAGAGGAGUUACAUGGGGAUACUCUGUGGACUGUCCCUCUCCAGCUCCAAGGAUCAGAAAUUCCCCCUUUUGCUGACUCAUUCCAUACCUGGAGAAAGAAGCUCCAUUCAUUGUAACCACAGAGCAGCAAGGAAGUUUAAACCUUUAAGUUAAAAAUGCCAAGGAUAAAGCUGGCUGCUGUGGGCAGGGGUUAGGGGAGUGGGGAACAGAGGUGGAACUUCUCCAGAUGAAUGGACCAGAGAUGUGUUACUGGCUUUUUUUGCCUGUAGCUCAUUUUACUUUGACCCUCUAUACCCCUGAUUUAAAGAGGUCUGUGUACUGUACCCACUUCCCAGAUGUCCCUUAUCUCCUACUUUCUCUGGAAUUGUAUUUUCUAAUAAAUGAUGUUUAG